UUCAAGCAAGAACCGCUGUUGGCAACAAGUUCGCCUCCUUUUCCCAAGGUGGCUGCCAGGGAGAUUCGUUCGACUUGUGACCAGUCACUUAAUCCAACAUAAUCUGACAUAAUUAAGGGCUUCUUUUAAUCUCAAACGCGCCUACGCACGUUCCACAAUGCCUCCCAAGUUUGAUCCCACGGAAAUUAAAAUAGUGUGCCUGCGAGCCGUUGGCGGGGAAGUCGGAGCCACAUCGGCCUUGGCCCCGAAAAUUGGUCCCCUUGGUCUGUCUCCCAAGAAAGUGGGCGAUGACAUCGCUAAGGCCACUCAGGACUGGAAAGGCCUGAAAAUCACCGUCAAGCUCAUCAUCCAGAACAGGCAGGCACAGAUUGAGGUGGUUCCGAGCGCUGCGUCGCUGAUCAUCAAGGCGCUGAAGGAGCCCCCGCGGGACCGCAAGAAGGUUAAGAACGUGAAACACAGCGGCAACCUGACAUUCGAGGAGAUCCUGACGAUCUCGCGGACGAUGCGUCCCCGGUCGAUGGCCCGUACCCUCAACGGCACGGUCAAGGAGAUCCUGGGCACCUGCCAGUCGGUGGGCUGCACCAUCGACGGCUGCCACCCGCACGACGUCAUUGACAAGGUGAACAGCGGCGAGAUCGAAGUGCCCGAGGAAUAAACAUGGAAGUUUGUACAGUGGCGGCUGUCUACGAGAAAAUAAAUA